AUGGGUCGCGUUUUUGCGCACUGAGCAUCGGCAGGUUUCAUACUCUUGCUAACCCGAAUUCUAAUGACACACCCAAAUUCUUAGGUCCAGCGGCGUGUCGGACGGAGGCCCACUUGUUGCUCUAAAAGCUCGCCCCAUCUCGCCCUGCGUUGCCUUUGAUCAUUGCUGCGUCGUCUGAACUCUUGUCUCCAGCCGCCACUUCCUUGCCUUCAUCUCCAACUAAUCGCAUACGACCACUGAUACAUCGGGAAUCAUUCUCACUGCAGCUGCCAAAUCGAGCACCACAAGCAUCGCCAUGUCCACGGGCAUGACGGACUAUGGCGUUGUCCGCGAUGGCGGCUACGAGGAGAAGGCACAGACCGACAUGGCUGGAAGUGGCAGCGCAUCACCGCGAGACAGCAGCCAAAAGGAUAUCGAAAAGUACGACGCCGAAAACCAACUGGGCCAGCAAGUCACAAUACAUGAAGGCCAGGCCAAAUUCCAGAGACUCAGCUGGCAGCGAUUAACAAUCUGUCUGAUCGUCGAGGCUAUUGCGCUAGGAUCACUCUCGGUUCCCUCAGCUUUUGCGACGCUCGGCAUGAUUCCUGGGGUCAUCAUGACUGUCGGUCUGGGCCUGGUCGCGAUCUACACAUCGUAUGUUGUUGGACAGGUGAAGCUGAAGCAUCCUCACGUGGCGCAUUAUGCCGAUGCUGUGAAGCUCAUCUGGGGGAGGUUUGGGUAUGAGUUGACCUCGGUCAUGUUCGUGCUCUUCUUGGUAUUGCUUGUGGGAUCUCACGCUUUGACCGGAACGAUCGCAUUCAUUCGCAUCAUCAACGAGCCAGGGAUUUGCGCUUUGGUCUUCUCCGUUGUCUCGGCAAUCAUCCUGUUCAUCGUGGCACUUCCGCCAACCUUUCACGAUGUCGCGAUUCUGGGCUACAUCGAUUUCGUGUCAAUCAUUGCUGCCAUUCUCAUCACCAUCAUCGCCACUGGAGUCAACGCCCACAGCCAACCAGGCGGUCUCAGCGCCGUAGACUGGCAACUCUGGCCAGCCGAAGGCACCACCUUCUACCAAGCCUUCCUAUCAACCACCAACAUCAUCUUCGCCUACUCCUUCGCAGUCUGCCAAUUCAGCUUCAUGUCCGAAAUGCACACCCCGACCGACUUCGUCAAAUCAAUCUGGGCUCUCGGCUUGACCGAAAUCUUCAUCUACACCCUCACCGGAGCCCUCAUCUACGCCUUCGUCGGCCAAUCCGUCAGCUCCCCAGCCCUCCUCUCCGCCGGCUUCACCGUCUCCCGCGUAGCAUUCGGCGUCGCCCUCCCCGUCAUCUUCAUCUCCGGCAGUAUCAACGGCACAGUCGUCGGCCGCUACAUCAUCGAACGCGCCUUCCCCAACUCCGAAAUCCGAUACAUCCACAACAAGAAAGGUUGGCUCGUCUGGACCAUCCUGAUCGCAAUCAUCACCAUCAUCGGCUGGAUCAUCGCUGAAGCAAUCCCCUUCUUCAACGCCCUCCUCGGUCUGAUCUCCGCCCUCUUCAUCUCGGGCUUCACAUUCUACUUCCCAGCGCUGUUCUGGUUCCAACUCAUCAAGGAAGGAAAGUGGUACCAAGGAUGGAAAAACAUCGCACUUUCCGUGACGAAUGUUAUUGUUCUGAUCAUCGGAAUGGUUGUUCUCGGUGCGGGAACUUAUGCUAGUGUGGAGGAUAUUAGACAUCAGUAUUCUUCUGGUGAGGUGCGGAGCAGUUUUACUUGCGACUCUUCGUCCUACUCAUAGACCUCUGAGGUUCGGCUCGCGGCAGAUUUGAGAAAGCAUAGCGUUGGCGCUUUGUGUUUGUGAUAAUCAAUUCUGGUUGCGGAAAGAGGGAAGGGGAGAAUCACGGAAAGAUUUAGAUGUAAAUUUUGGGCAUGACAUGAAGUGGAUGUAUGUAUGCUAUGAUUAUGAAAAUGAAAUUCAAUGAUAUGAAUGAAUGACUGGUGCCAUUCA